AUGCCUCGACGGGCCGCCACGGGGGCCACCGGAGGCCCGCGCCGCACCUGCCGCACGAGCUCCGCCUGCACCUGGACCGCCUCUCGACCGCGCGCGCGCUGGAGCGCCUCGGCCUGUUCGCCGCGCCCGCCGCGGACGAGGAGCCCGCGCCGCUGCCCAAGCUGCCGCACAACCUGCGACAUCCUCUCGGCGUUCGACACCUUCUGCGAACGCGCGGCCGAUGGGACGAAGCAGCUGGCCGCCGGCGACAUCGGCCGCGCGCUCAUGCUCGCGGGCAUCUUCGGCACCGCGAUGGACUUGGAGGAGACCCGUCCGCUGACGCGGACAGAGUUUGUGGCGUUGGGCCACCUGGCCUUGGUAUCGCCGCUGACGGAGAUGCAGCGCAGCAAGGUCGCGCUGCUCUUCCGGGAGUACGAUAAGGAUGGUUCCAGCACUCUCGAUCGCACCGAGUUGCCCGCCCUCUUCGAGGACAGUUUCGCGAUCACCCACUCCGAUGAGGUCGACAGCGCCGCGCACGAGGUGGACUGCGAGAGCUACCGCGCCAACACCGUCUGCCAGGAGGGUGAGAUCGACGAGACCGGGUUCCUAUGGAUCGUUGCACGCCUUGUGCGGAAGCACGAGCGCGACUAUUUGCUGCUCCGCGCCAUCCGCGAGCUGGCUGGCAACAGUAGCGGCACAGAGGAGAUGCAGCUGACCGUGGACAUGAUGAAGCAGAAUUCGCACCUGCAAGGGCUCUCAGACGAACAGUGGCAGGAGUUGUUCUGGGCCGUCGGACUCGAUACGGGGCGAGGCGCCUCCAGGGGCAACGAGGUGAAGUUCGAAGCGAUUCUUGCCGCGUUGAUUGCGCAGGUGCAGCUGGAGGAGGGCUUGGAUCGACCCGCGCGCAAUGGGCAGCCAGAGCGGAGGGCACUUCUGCCGCCUUUCGAAGCUGACAGAAUUAGCAGGCAACGAUCAGCGAGCGGCAGGAGGAGGAGUAGUAGAACGCUAGAGGAGCCACAGUCGGAGCACUUUGGUCUUGCGAAGAGGAUGGUGUUGGACCAGCGAAUCUGCGAGAAGCGCAUUCGACCAGUGAGCAGCCACCAGCCUGCGCUGUGCGAGAGCCAUGUGCCGGUAGAGCCAGUCCCGACUCCUAAGUCGGCCCCGAGCAGCAUCCCGAGAGAGACUUCCCAGUCGGACAUCUUGGAGCAGUUCGAGCGUCAUCAUGGCGGUGGUCGGAGCAGCUACGCCAGCCAGCUCGAUCACAUUCCCAGUGCGAAUCUCCGGAGGCGUCAUAGAAUCCUUAUUCUGCUGGAGGAGCCGAAUAGCUCCAAGCUUGCGCAGAUCCUGUCUACGGUCCUGGCUGUCACGAUCUGCCUAUCCAUGCUUGGGCUCUUCAUGGAGACCUUGCUUGGCGAAGGAGACGAGGUGGGUUCUGUGACGUCGCCAUGGUUUUGGGUGGAGUUGUUGUUCACAACGAUGUUCACCCUGGAGUUGUUGGUCCGUUUCUGGGCCUGCGGUGCGCUAGGUGCCUCAGCAAUGGCAGAGUUCUUCCUGAAGCCGAGUAAUGCUCUCGACUUGAUGAGCGUGCUUCCCAUGGCACUGUGGCGGACUUCCACGCGCUUUUCCCGAACCUCUACAUCGCAGAAUUCCAUCUCUUCCGCAUAG